AUGGGAAGGAAACUGCAGCAGCGAUACCUGCAGCACCAACAGCAGCAACAGCUGCCACCGGGGGACGUCGGCCAGUUCUUUGAAUAUAUCUACCUGUACCAGAGUAGGCUGAUGUUUCAGAUUGAGCAGAUCACAAAGCAGUGCUCCAAGAUAUCUCUCCCUGAUGCUUGGGACCCCUAUGAUAUUCCAGAUAAAUCCACCUAUGAGGAUCACUAUUUCAUUGGGGGACCCAAUGAUAAGAUAGAGGUGCAGGAAUGGUCAGACAGAAAACCUGCAAACAAAACUGAAGCCUGGGUUGGAGUUUACACAGUCAAGGACUGUUACCCUGUGCAGGAAACGUACACCAGGAACUCCAGCGUGACAACCUCCACCCGCUUUUUUGAUCUACAGCUUGGGAUCAGUGACCCAGGCGUGUUCACUCCACCCAGCACCUGCCAGUCGGCCCGGCCAGGAAAGAUGAGUGAAGGCUGCUGAUUGUGGGCACCAGCUGCCACAGACAUCAUGAAAAAUAAUAUACAAAAAAAAGAGUCCCAGCCUGCUGACAUGUUAAUUGGAUUUUGAAGCUGCGAGAAGUCACAUGGGAGCAGUAAAAUGCAUUCUAAUUUGCUAGUUAGCCAAGGUAAUAUUUUAACUCAUUAAUGUCUGCUUUCGUAGAUCCUGAAUAGCAUUAAUCUUGGAUUACCUUAACUAAGGUAACAUCCAAGAUUAUUGCUAAUCAUGGUUUGUGAAACCAGCCGUAAGUGUUUACAGUUCAUGUAGAGAACAAGUCUGAUUGUAGUGAUUUUUUUGUUUGUCUGUUUUCUUGUCUGUUAAGUUGUUUAUUAAGUUACAGAAUGAUGUUUGUAUUCCUGCUUAAUAUGAUGUGCACUGUAUAAGCAGAUAUGGAGUAGGUGUUUUGUAUUAUUAUUACAGACCAUUAAUUCAUUUUUAGGUGCAAUAAACCAAUGAGGUUUAUUGGUUUAAAUUAAAACAGUGGGUGUUAGUAAACUAAACAGUGAAUAUAUUAAAUAUGUAAAAUGACACAUUACUGUCAAUUUUAACAUUGAAAUUGUGUUCUGAUGUAGAAAUGUUACAUGAACAGGAUGUACUUAAUUACUGUACUAUAGUAAUAGAGUAAAACUUUGAUAGUAGUGAGGGUCUUUAGAUUCAACUCAAAAGAUAAGAGCCACACUGGUGCCAAUCCAUGCAUUAGGUGGACAGCUCAGAAAAUGAACAGCAACUAAAUAAGUACUCAUUAAAUAAAAAUUGAUAUCAACAAAGAGAUGUCAGUGUAUUUAACUAACGAUUUUCAAGCAAAUAUAGCAAGAGGCUUCCAGGUCUGGUUAUCAAAAAUAUACUGUAUACUAAACUGCAAUGCAAAUUAUAAUAUUCUAAUAGGACAUUUAAAAAAUUGUUUUUAUUUAGUUUGUGAUCUCGCCAUAUACUGUAGACUUAUAAGCUUGUUGACUGUUGAGCUUAGCACAAACAAUAAUAAUAACCCUAUUAAGUGUUCAUACAAGUUUUUGGCAUGUUUGUUUGGAAUUUUGAUUAAAUUAGGCCAUAGAACUAGGAAAUAAAGUGGAUUAUAAAGUGACAGUAUAUGGUUCUUUUUUUAAUCCACAACAUAACUUUUAGCUGGGAAAAGGUUUUUUAGUAUAAUAUGUAUUUGGAAAUAAACAGGGCAAAUGUGGAUCCAUUUUUACAGUGAUUACUCAUCAAUGAUGUUUGUAGAAUAAAAAUAAAAUCUUUAAAAAAUAUUGCAGGCAUUUUUCCAAAAAUGCCUUUUCCCAGCUAAAGAGGAGUCUCCAGCACCUAUAUACUGUAUUUGCAUGCUGUUGAACUUCAGUCUACUCUACAGACCGCUCUCAUGUUUUCUGGUUUGUUUGCAUCUAAGUGUGCCCAGAGCUGCACACAAGUUAAAUCUACUUGAAAACCACGAUUGUGCAGCUGAUUCCUAACAUUCGGGUGUAUCAUUGACAUGCCUGAUGCCAACACAUGUGACAGGACUGUGUUGCUGAUUGUGGACAAUGCAUCUAAAAUAUGCUAAUUGUGUUCUCAACCUGCUUAAUCCCACUUUACAAAGCUGGAGCUGGAGCAUCAACCUGUGUUUGGAUACCAGUUAUUAGUUUUUUUUUAAUUUGUAUUAUUAUUAUUAUUAUUAUCCAGGCCCUCUAGUGGAUGCAUAAGUAACUAUAUCAAUCUCAUUGUGAAAGAGAGAAACUCCCAGCAGCUGACUCUGUAUUGUGACAUUAUUGAUCAAAGGCAGAAUAAAGAACUGAGUGGCACUGUU